AACAAUCAAAGGCCGAGUCGAUUCAUUUCCUUAACCACGAUAUGGAGGAUUGUCAACUCUCCACACGGCCCGGAGUCAUGCAAUUCAAAGGCCCAUUUUGAAAUAUACCUUAGAACCCCAACUCACCAAUCAAGCAUGAAAACAUACUUCCACUAUAGAAAAAGUUUAUAAAAGAGCGAAUUUUUUUUCAUUCUAACUCUCAUGCAUAAUCUAUUCACAAACCGCCAAUACCCUAUGCAUUUUAAUAAACUUUUUCUCCUAAUGAUGAGCACAUUUCAUAGAUUUCCAUGAACUCCUCAAACCAAUGACGUUUUUUCUAUUCACAUAGAAGAACACAACAUAUUUUCAAUAAAUCAAGAAUUGUUUAUUGGACUUAAACAAUCUCAAUUUAAAGAAAAUGGAAAACAAAAACAUAACAUAACAAAAUCACUUUAUAACGAAUUCUAAGAAAAAUGAAUCAACUUAUGGGGCUAAGAAGUCCAAAUUCCUUAAAAUCAACGAACACAAGGCACAACAAAGAAACACAAACACGUAUGAAUUUGGAGUUUAUUUAACUAUCUUAUGGAGCUAAAAUAACUUCAACAAAAACCGAAUUCCACAUAAAACCUACUUAUGAAUUUGAAACAAUUCAAUCAAUUCAACAACAACUUGUGCAAUAAUUGAAGUAAACAAGAAAGAAUCAAUUCUCAUUCAUAAGGGAAUAUAUAUAAACAUUAAAGAAAAUACCCAUAAAAGAACACCAACCAUUUUGAGAUUUUUGAAAUUAACACAAACAAAUAAACAAAAAUGUAAAAAUUAAACUAAAAACAACACUUUACAAAGGAUUGGAGAACAAAAUUGGAGAAACAAGCUUUAUUGAAGAAGAUGAAUAAAUUAAAGGAUUGGAGCUUGAAGAAAAGUUGCUGCCAACCAUCGUCGUCCGCCGGCGAGCAGUGGUCCGCCGCCGUCUGCUUCCUCCUCUGGUGCGCGGCUUCAAUCUCAGUUGCCGCGGCCUAGAGCCGCGGCUCUCUGCGUGAUAUUUCCCCCCUCCUCUGAAGCUUUAAUCAUCAUCAAUUUAUAGCAAGAGGAUUGUUUACCGUUGUAGAUUUGAGUGAGUAGAGAGUGCCGUUGCUAUUGAUUGAGGCGAAACUGACGGAGGAGCGUUGAAGAAGCUGGGCGCUGGUUUAUCGCGAAGAAGAAGAAGUCAUAGACUUCAAUUCUCCGUUCUUUUUUUUUUCUUGCGUGAAGAUAAAGAUUCUUUACCGUGCACCAAACCUCAAGAGAAGCAGAUGUUCAAGGGCUGUCCGUCGGUCUCUUUCUCUAAAUCAGAUGUGGAAAGGUUCUCGCAGCGUUUCAAAUAUGCGGUGGUCGGCAGAUUCCGGCGGAAACCUCCAGUCUCAGUCGUGAAAAGUUUCUUAGAUCGGCUAGGCUUCGCUGGGGGUUUUCCCGUUGGAGAUCUCCACUCCAAUAGCAUGCUCAUCAACUUCGAUCGUGACGAGGACUAUCAACGCUUCUUCUUCCGGAAAUCCUGGACGAUUGGUAAGGAGGUCAUGGUGGUCACUAAAUGGUCUCCCAACCUUAAGCCGGAUGAAGAUUCCCCUAUUGUUCCUGUUUGGAUCUCCAUACCACAUCUCCCUAUUCAUCUUCAUGAUCAGACAGCACUCUUCGCUAUCACUUCCACUAUUGGAACUCCUUUGAAAGUGGAUAGUGUUGGAGUUGUGCCCUGAUGACCAACUGUUUAUCGUUAUUCUAUCAUGUAUAGGCAGAUAUAAUAUGUUUACACAUCUCAUGCUAAUGUAAACAAAUAUUAUAUUCCUAGAUUUAUAUUUAAAAGAUGUUUAUCAGAUAGUGUUCUUCUGCUGAUGAGACUAACAUCUUGAAAUAAAUAUUUAUCUAAAUGUCCAUAGUCGAGUAUUAACGAGAGUGGGAUAUCGUUAAUGCAUGUGAGACUAGUGUGUGUUGGAUGUUUGACUUAGUCUCAUAGUCAAUGACGGUGUGUUCGCAUCCGCACAUGGGCAGAUAUUAUCUAGAAAUAAUAGGAUGCCGGACUG